AUGGUGCUCGGCCGCCUAGCCCACUGGACCUUCGACGCCGUCCUCCUCUCCGCCUUCCUAGCCGGCGUGCGUCGAUCCACAGGCCUGACUCCCAGCCUCAAAUCCGAAUCCAUGACCGAAUCCCCCAGCGUCAAGAAAUGGGUGGAGAACUAUCUAUGGGUCGGAGAGACGAUAAUGGAUCAGAGUGUGGCGAUCAUGGGUUCGAGCGGGUACUUUGAGCGGAAACGGUAG